UUCAAGCUUCAACAAUAGCUGCUUCAACUAAACUUGGUAUGGCUACCACCAACAACUGCAUUGGUGCAAUCAAUUGUAGCCAACCUAAAGCAAACAUUCAAUGUCAAUCUCAAUCAACCAAGGAAGCCAAGGUCCAGACAAUUAUCUCCUUAGACCCUCUUACAAGAAACAAGGUCAUCAACAAGGACGUCUCCACCUUGGAACACCUCAAGUAUGGGGGCAAAUCCCCUUCUUCCUACACAAGAAGUUGGUCGCACGAUUUCUCUCCCAUCAAAGGGAACCCAAAAGAUGAGAUUUCACAUGCUCACUUCAAUUCACUUCCUUCUCCAUCAUCUUGGGAAGUUGUGUCAGUCAUGACGACUAACACCUCUACCAUGGAAGAAAAGAUGGCCGAAAUGGAGCAAAGGGUUGUCCUUCUCACAAAAGCACUUGAAGAUAAGGACCUCCAAAUUGCAACUUUGAUGAACAAACUCGAAGUGCAAGAUCUUGGUGAAUCAAGCCAUGGUCAUAAAUUCACAUCUACAAAGGAUGACGAAGGGAGAGAAAUUGAAAACACUCCCCGACGAGAACAAUCUACUUCGGUUGCUUCGUUGUUAGUCCAACAAUUACAAGACAUGAUAACAAAUACCAUCCGAGCAUAAUAUGGAGGUUCUUCUACAAGUUCUCUCACAUAUUCAAAACCCUACACAAAGCGCAUCGACAACAUGAGAAUGCCAAAUGGGUAUCAACCCCCCAAGUUCUUAUAGUUUGAUGGCAAAGGAAAUCCUAAGCAACACAUUGCUCACUUUGUAGAAACUUGUGAGAAUGCAGGGACUCAAGGAAGCCUCCUUGUAAAGCAAUUUGUUCGUUCACUCAAAGGAAAUGCCUUUGAUUGGUAUACAGACUUAGAACCUGAGUCAAUUAACAGUUGGGAGCAACUCGAAAGAGAGUUUCUCAACCGAUUCUACAGCACACGGCGUACGGUAGGCAUGAUGGAGCUUACCAAUACUAAACAGUGGCAGGAUGAGCCCGUCAUUGAUUAUAUCAAUCGGUGGCGUUCUUUGAGUCUAGAUUGCAAAGAUAGACUUACUGAAAUAUCUGCUAUAGAGAUGUGCAUCCAAGGCAUGCAUUGGGGACUUCUUUACAUCCUUCAAGGGAUAAAGCCCCGAACAUUUGAAGAGUUAGCAACUCGUGCCCAUGACAUGGAGUUGAGCAUUGCUAGCCGCGGAAGUACAAACCCUCCCAUACUUGAGGAAAGCAUAAAGGAAGUAAAGAGGAAUGACAAGAAUG